AUGAGCUAUGACCGCUACGUGUCCAUCUGCAAACCCCUGCACUACGGGACCCUCCUGGGCAGCAGAGCUUGUGCCCACAUGGCAGCAGCUGCCUGGGCCAGUGCCUUUCUCAAUGCUCUGCUGCACACAGCCAAUACAUUUUCCCUGCCCCUGUGCCAUGGCAACGUCCCGGGCCAAUUCUUCUGUGAAAUCCCACAGAUCCUCAAGCUCUCCUGCUCACACUACAAACUCAGAGAACUUGAUCUCAUUGUGGUUAGUGCCUCUUUAGUAUUUGGCUGUUUUAUGUUCACUGUUUUCUCCUACGUGCAGAUCUUCAGGGCUGUGCUGAGGAUCCCCUCUGAGCAGGGACGGCACAAAGCCUUUUCCACCUGCCUCCCUCACCUGGCUGUGCUCUUCCUAUUUAUCAGCACUGGAAUGUUUGCCAACGUGAAGCCCCCCUCCCUCUCUUCCCGAUCCCUGGAUCUGACUUUGUCAGUUCUGUACUCGGUGGUGCCUCCAGCCCUGAACCCCUUCAUCUACAGCCUGAGGAACCAGGAGCUCAAGGAUGCCCUGAGGAAAAUGAUGACUGGAUGGUUUCAGAAGCAUUAA